AUGCUUCCCUCCCGAGUGGCCCUCCGUCGCUUGGCCACCUCAUCUGCCUCUGCCCAGCGCUUCAAUGUCGCUAUUGUGGGCGCAGGGCCUGCUGGCUUCUACACUGCCCACCAUCUCCUCACCAAAUCGUCUCCUUCCACCUUCUUCAACAUAGAUUUCUUCGAACGUCUUCCUGCUCCUUAUGGGUUGAGCAGGUAUGGAGUGGCGCCAGACCACCCUGAGGUCAAGAACUGCGAGGACUACUUGAACAACAUCAUGAGCAAGUACGGAUCCAAUUCUCGUGACGACUCCCACAGGGUCAGGUUCUUUGGAAACGUCCUGGUGGGCCACGACGUGUCGCUCCAGGAGCUCCACCAGUCGUACCACUCGUUGGUGUUGGCGUACGGUUGCACCACAGCCGACAACCACAUGGAAGUGCCUGGAGCCCAGUUGCCAGGUGUGAUAUCAGCUCGUCAGUUCGUCAACUGGUACAAUGGUCAUCCCGACUUCUACGCCACCGACUCCACGUUCGUGCCACCUCCCUUGGACCAGAUUGAGUCUGUGUCCAUCAUCGGCAACGGAAACGUCGCUGUGGACGUGGCACGGAUCUUGUUGGCAGAUCCUGCCCACUGGGCUCCAACAGAUAUAUCGACAGAGGCGUUGCAAGCAUUGAAAUCGAGCACAGUCAAGAACGUGAACAUCGUGGCCCGUAGAGGAGUGUUGGAGUCGGCGUUCUCCAACAAGGAGAUCCGGGAAUUGUUUGAGUUGCCCAAGAACGGUUCCAACGUCCAGUUUGCUCCAGUCGACUCCGGAUUGUUGGAGUCCAUCGACAAGAAAUCCUUGGGACGGGUGGACAAGCGAAAGGUGUCGAUCAUCGAAAAGUACUCCGUUCCACUCGAAAGCAGCGACUCCAAGGUGUGGAGCUUGCAGUACUUGAAGAGCCCCGUGGAAUUCACACAGAGUGCACGUAACGACCAGUUGUUGGAGUCCAUCACCUUCGCAAAGAACCAGUUGGUACAUGACGAGUUAACCAACCAGACCAAAGUAAUCAGCACCAACGAGACUGAAACCAUCAAGACCGAUUUGGUCAUUUUGUCCAUCGGCUACAAGGGCUCUCCCUUGGACGAUUUCGAGGAAAUGGGGGUUCUGUUCGAUAGAAACAGGCUUUUGAACAAAGAGGGCCGCAUAUUGUCCACCACCAACGAGAACGACCCGAACGCAGUGUACAAGAAAGGCUGGUACACCUCUGGCUGGAUCAAAAAUGGACCUUCGGGGGUAAUUGCUACAACCAUGAUGGACUCGUUUGACACAGCCGACAAGAUCUUAGAGGACUUGUCCAAUGGAAUACACUUGGAGCCCACCAAUGAUGGCAUCGAUGGGGGAAAGUUGAAAGAAGCAGUUAACUGGAACCAGUGGGAAAAGUUGGAUAAGUACGAGUUAGAAAAAGGUGGUGAACUAGGCAAAACAAGGCUCAAAAUUUGCAAUAAACAAGAGAUGCUCGAGAUAGCCGAGAGCUAG